AUGGGGCAGCAUAUCGGUGAGGGAACCGGGGCAACGGCGGCAACGUCAGAAAAAAACGAGCAGGAAGGUGAGUAUUUGUUUUUGAAAAAGAAGGAGCUAAAAGGACAGAAAAGAGAAGAAAAAGAAGAUAUUUUCAAGGAGAAACUAAGGAAAAAGAGAAUGGACGAGAAAAGAGAUAGUGAAAAAAAAGCAGAAAUAAGGGAGAAAAAAAGAAAGUUAAAGGUUGGAAUGGAGUCAUUGCGGCGUUCGAGGCGGACAAACAAAGGACACCGGCGACAGAUGUUUGAGGAAAGAGAAAUCCCAAUGAAUGAGCGUGUGCGGUGUAGAUGUGGAAAAGAUGAUGGAGGGAUAAUGGUACAGUGUGAGGGAUGCACGACGUGGCAGCAUAUUGUGUGUAUGGGAUUUGAAAACGAGGAAAAUCUUCCAGAGACAUAUUUUUGUGAUGUGUGCCGCCCAGAGCUGUAUCAGGGGCUUCAGAAGGCACAGAAGAUGAAAAAUGUAGGAAAAAAGACGAAGAACCGUGUGCAAAGCAAGAAAGAACAUGAUUUAGCAAAAACAACAGAAAAAAGGAGUAUGGGAGAUAUAGAAGAGGAGAUACUGUGUGAAAAAGAAAAUAAAGAGUUGACGGAAGAGGUGGUGGAGAAAGGAGGACUGGGUUCGGUAACAGAAAGCGAAAACAGGGAUGUAAAGCAGGAAACGCCGUCGCCGGCGUCAACAUCAGACUCAGAUUAUCAUUUUCAGGAAGAUCAUGACAUUCCCCCGGCAAAAAUGUCGCGUGUAUCGUUUGAGCAAUCGUAUAUAAAAGCAUUACAAAAUCGAAAGCUUCCGCAGGCGUUGAAGCAUGUAAAAAAGGCUGAUACCCCGUUGGCGAGGCAAACAACAAACCAAGUACCAAUCGAAGAUCCUGUUGAAAAACUCGAGGAAUUAAAGGAUGCAACAAGAAAACAUGUAGCACAAUCGUUUUCAACUAUUUUUGUAACAGCCAUUACAACUCUUCUUGAAGAAGGGAGUCUUGUUUUGGAUCAUGAUGAAACACCAGAGAAAGCAGGAGAGCGCCUUGCACUUACUAUUGAAUAUAGUAUGUUUAAAGAUUUUUCUAUUGAAGAAAAAGGAAAAUAUAUCCUAACUCCAAAAUAUAAAGAAAGAUUUCGUACACUUCAUUUCAAUCUAAAAGAUGAUAAAAACCCUCAGCUUCGAACUCGUGUUGUUUCAGGGGAAAUUAUUCCACAAGAUUUAGUUCAUAUGACUAGUGAAGAAAUGGCUAGUUCAGAGAUACAACUGUUGGCAGAAUCCGUAAGAGCGCAGAGUACUAAGAAUUCAGUUCUAAAACAAACGGAAGCUCCAAGAAUCCGUCGAACUCAUAAAGGCGAAGAAAUCAUAGGAGAUCAAGAAAUAAGUGGCCUUCCUAUACAGCAGAAAAUCGAAACAUUAAUUCCUUUUUCUUUAAAGUCUAAAAGUGAAAUAGAAGAAGUUCCAAAAGAAUCUCCUAUUUUAUCUCAACAACUCAAUUCUACUCAUGGGAAAACAACAGUACCAAAAAUAAAUGAAUCUGAUUCAGACAAAAACAAGGCUCAAGAUGAUGAAAGAAAUUUGGUAUCUAACCAGUCUUUCGAUAUUCAGAAUGUAUGGAGUAAUAUCAAAUCCCAAAAGGCAUCUUAUAUAUCCGAAAAGUAUCCCGUUCAUGCUCAGGAUGCUGCUGAAAUAGAUUUUGACCCAGAUAUUGAUAGAAUGAUUGAUGAUGAUAAUAAUAGUACAAACACUCCUCCUUACUCACCAUCUUAUAAUGCCGUUGAGACAAAUAUUAUUCAUCCCAUCUGGUCAGGAAGACUUUUUAUGGCCUCGGUCGCAGAGUUUAAUGCUAUAGCUAUACAUGUAGCAGGCCCCUCUAUUUCUCCAGCACGACCGUGGAGUGAAAUCCUUCAAGACAAAAUUGUCGUAGAUGGGAGAAUAUCAGUGGAUAAAUCAACGGAAUAUCUUUGUCAACAAAAACUUUCUUCGACUAAACAUUUAAUUGUCAUUUCAUUUAAACCGCAAAAUAAAGAAAUGCAGCAUGGAUUUGAAAAACUUUAUCAUUACUUUUAUUCUCGAAAACGUUAUGGAGUUUUGAAACCUACAACAUCUGCGGUAAAAGAUGCUUAUAUUAUACCUCUUUCUCCAACAGAUCAAUUACCAGAAUUUAUUCAACUCAUGGAUGAAACACAUAUUUCUGAAAAAAAAAGAACAGAAAAAUAUAUUCUUGGUGUAUUCAUUGUAAAUAAAAUAUCCAAUACUGUUCCUCUAGUUAACAAAACAUCUCAUACCUCUCAGGGUGUUAAUGAAUGGAAAGAAUUAAAUAGUGUGCCAAUUAUGCAUCAAGCAGCGAAUAUACCAACGUCUUCAAUAUCACAUUUACCCACUGUUCCUCUUUUGGGAGAAUUAAACCUUCCAAAUAACAUAUCACUUUCUAGUGCAGAUAUAGCAAUUCUUCUGUCUGUAUUAAAUGCGAAUCCAGAAAUUUUGUCUAAUCCAGAACUUGCAUCUAAUUCAAAACUUCUACAACAACUAGUUAUUCAACAUCAAAACCAACAAAACCAAAUAAAUACAGCACAUCCAUCAAAUUCUCGACCUAUGGCCUCUAGAUGGGAUAAAAAAUGGUAA